AUGUAUGCAAUGUGAGCGGAUUAUAUGUACAGUAUAUGUAAGGCUUUUAUUUUGAAAUUUGAGAAACAGGCGAAUGACAGCAACUCUGCGACGCAAAACGGGUGGUGGAGGCGGGGCUGAAUAUUUGAAAGUGGCGGGCAAGACGAGAUCCAUGACAAGCACUGACCGAAGUUAUCGUUUGAAGAAAAUAAACGUUCAGUCUAGAUUUCUUACGACAACUGAUGCGUGGUUAUAUGCCAUUCAUGAACUGAAGCUCUUCUUAUUCUAUCGUCUGAAUUAUUUAUUUUUUUGAAACGUUUAACAAGCUAGAGGCACACACAUUUUUGCGAACGUUAGCUAACUCAUUGUAGGGGUGAAGACUAACGUCUUGUCAGCCCCCAAGGUAAGUGACCGUCCUCCUUAACUUUACCUACUAAACUUAUUUGGAUGGGUAGGGCAUGGUAGUGGUAUGAUUCAUAAUGGGGGUUAGCUAGCCCGAUGAUAUAGACAAGUUAACGUUAGCUCGCCAGGUGUGCUGGCUAACAAUACUAACAGCAGCCGUCCGUAGUAUUAUCAGAUGGGUUUGGUCGGUUGUGAAUAGAAUCACAAUGAGGCUAAAAUAGCUUUCAGAAAAUAGUUUUCCGAUUUGCAAAUCUUCCAAUGACAACAUUGCUUUAAAGUAUUGGCCACCCUCUCGAGUCACGUACAAUCCUGUUCUGAAUCUGUCAAUCGCCUGAUUUCAAAGCAUGACAAAGGAAGAUGAUAAAUCGAUCCCUGUGCGGGUUGCCCUGCGGUGUCGACCUUUGGUUGCUAAAGAAAUCAACGAGGGUUGCCAGACCUGUCUCACUUUCGUGCCAGGGGAGCCACAGGUCAGCAAUCUAUUCCACAAUACAUAACAAAGCACCUGGCCUGAUGUUUUAUGGAUCCCAUUUCAUAGCUAGCCACAUAAGUACAAUUAUAGUCUAAAUAAUUAUCUUAUCUUGCAGGUGAUUGUUGGCACUGAAAAGACGUUCACAUACGAUUAUGUAUUUGAUCCUACAACUGAACAAGAGGAAGUCUUCAACAGUGCUGUUUCACCAUUAUUGUGUGGUCUUUUUAAAGGUAGGGAAGACCAACCUUUUACUUUCACACAGUAUUGCCCAUAGAACCAGUAAGCAGACACAAUGGAAUGGGAUCAAUAAGCUGUAUGUUUCUACUUAUCUUUUAAGGCUAUCAUGCUACUGUGCUUGCGUAUGGACAGACUGGUUCAGGGAAGACCUUUUCUAUGGGAGGAACCUACACGUCGGCCCAGGAGAAUGAGCCCACCGUUGGAGUCAUCCCCAGGGUGGUCAGAAUGAUCUUCCAGGAAAGGGAGAAGCAUACCGAUUGUGAAAUCUCUCUUACAGUGACCUAUCUGGAGGUGUGUGGGAACCUCUAUUAUUUAUCUUCUUUGAUUGUCAUAACACAAAGCCAUGGUUUGAUUGUAAUAACAGCCAAAAUAAUCAUUGUUACGUUCCUCUUUUCAGAAACUCAAAACAGGGAGUCGUGAUGCUCAAAAAGCGAGGAUUCUGAAUAUUGAAGAAAUACCUCUUUGUUUCUGGAAGUAUCCUGGCCAUGUUUUUCUGUAACGUUAUGUAUACAUUUUAUUUGCCAUAGAUAUACAAUGAAGACAUCCUGGACUUGCUCUGUCCAUCGGUAUCCAAAGAUAAACCAUCAACCAUCAACAUUCGGGAGGACCCCAAAGAAGGCAUAAAGGUGAGUGAACUGUCUGUAAUCGUUGAACAUGUUGCAUUCAUUUGUUUAAAAGGACCGUUUGGGGGAAUGUUUUUUAAAAUCCAAUGUCCAUCUGCCGCCCCAUCUUAGAUCGUGGGCCUGACUGAGAGACAGGUGUUGUCUGCCCAUGAGAUGGUGGGCUGCUUGGAGCUGGGGAACUCAGCCCGCACUGUGGGCUCUACUGCCAUGAAUGCUGCCUCGUCUCGCUCCCACGCAAUAUUCACCAUCACCCUGGAGCAGCGCAGGGGGGCAGACAAGUCAGUCUUCUCUUGCUUUCUCCCUUAGAUCUAACCUUCUAAUGUUCAUCCCAAGGAAACGUUGCCGUUCAUAAAUGUAUCUGACACGCAGAGCGGAGCAUAAACAUUGUUUAUAUACAAAUAUCUCUUGAUAUAGUUCAUUCAAUUAAUUUGAUUUAAUUUUGUCUGCAAGUUGAUUUGUCCUCAGUUCUUCCUUUCUGUUUCCAAAUGUGUGUUUGUAGAUCUGACAAUGUGGUGUCAAAACUACACCUGGUGGAUCUGGCCGGCUCUGAAAGACAGAAGAAGACCAAAGCUGAGGGAGAUCGUCUGAAGGAAGGUUAGUUGAUUACCAUUUACAUUUUAGUCAUUUAGCAGACGCUCUUAUCCAGAGCGACUUACAGUUAGUGAGUGCAUACAUUAUUUAUUUUUCAUACUGGCCCCCCGUGGGAAUCGAACCCACAACCCUGGCGUUGCAAACGCCAUGCUCUACCAACUGAGCUACAUCCCUGCCAGCCAUUCCCUCCCCUACCCUGGACCAAUUGUGCGCCGCCCCAUGGGUCUCCCGGUCGCGGCCGGCUACGACAGAGCCUGAAUUCGAACCAGGAUCUCUAGUGGCACAGCUAGCACUGCGAUGCAGUGCCUUAGACCACUGCGCCACUCGGGAGACUAGAAGCUCCCAGAAGCUAAUACUUUAUAUAACAAGCUUUCAUUGACUGUAGUAAGAUGUGUGUUUUAGUAUUGUUAUGGUCAAUUAUUAGCACAAUCUACAUGUUUAAAAGACAGUCCCAGUUCUAUUUCGAUUUGUGAUUUAGUUCAGUAUCAGAACCUUAUUGAUUCUCUGCUUUCAUCCUGUCUGCUUCAGGCAUCAGCAUCAACCGAGGCCUGCUCUCCCUGGGCAACGUGAUCAGCGCCCUCGGGGACGAGAGCAAGAAAGGCACCGGCUUUGUGCCCUACAGGGACUCUAAACUAACCCGCCUGCUGCAGGGUGAGCGCUCAAAAGGAUGGUCAGCUGAUGCAGGUGUUGUUGUCACGGACUGUGGUUGGGCAGUCCAAAUCCCAGUGAUUACCGCUGGAUCUUUCUGGGUCCAGUGUCAAUUUAGGAUGAGCUUUUAAGUACAAUGCAGCCUAACAUAACAAAGAUGGUGUCAUGUGGUGUAAGACCUUGUGCUAGUCAGAUGACUGAAAGAACAGUCAAGAGAUUUGUAAGUUAUAUACCCUAAGGCAGGGAUGAGCAACUGGCCUCCAUCACGGUUGACAACUCCAACGUUGCCCAACUCCCAGAGGGCAAAGUACCUUGGCGUGACCCUCGACAACACCCUGUCGUUCUCUGCAAACAGCGCCGGCUUUGACUGCAUGUGUGGGGGUGGUUGUGGGUACGCAGACCCGCGAGCCACUGAGUUCAGAUUCUGUGGCCUCCACCCAUCAGUUGUCCCUGCCCUAAGGCAUUCAACACAACAAAAAGCAUUCAUCCAAAUCCGCCAUGUUCUUCUUAUAUUUAGAAUCAGUUAUAUAUAUUAUACUAAGACUUCAUGUUUUAUAGUGGCCAUUAAAUAGUAAAUACUGCUCUCUCCAUCAGAUUCAUUGGGAGGUAACAGCCACACCUUGAUGAUCGCGUGCAUCAGCCCUGCAGACUCCAACAUUGAGGAGACCAUCAACACGUUGCGUUACGCUGACAGAGCCCGCAAGAUCAAAAACAAACCCGUGGUCAACGUGGACCCUCGAGCUGCUGAAAUGAAAAGCCUGAAGCAGCAGGUGCACUGGCCACCUGACUGAGUGACCGUACAAUUUGUGUGUUGGCGACGUUUACAUGAUUUUAAGUGUCCAUUGUUUUGAUGGGAACGUUUCCUCCUCUUUUGAACACAGGUCCAGGAGCUACAGGUGAUGCUUCUGCAUGCACGUGGGGGUGUGGCACCAGUGCUUUCUGGGUAAUUACUAAAGCUAUUAAUUUUGUGAUAAUUUCCCCAACUAUCAUAGUCAGGUCCAAAGUUAUUGGCACCCUUGAUAAAGAUGCGCAAUUAAUACAAUACUGAGCUAUGUUGCAUGCUCAGAGAAAUAUAUUUUGUUAAACAAGUAAUAAAGAAAAAAGAUGGGUGGUCAAAAUUAUUGGCACCCCUGUUUUCAGUACUCCAGCACCCUCCCGUUGGGAGGAUAAGGACACUGAGCCUUUUUCUAAAAUGUUUAAUGAGAUUAGAGACCACAUUGGUCCACAUUUUUUGCAGUGGCCAUCUCACUCUCCGGACUUGAACCCCAUUCAAAAAACUGAUUUGAAUUGAAGAGGGCAGUCCAUAAGCACAGACGAAGGACAUCAAGGAUCUGGAAAGAUUCUGUAUGGAGGAAUGGUCUACGAUCCUUUGCAAGGUGUUCUCAAAUCUCAUAAAACAGUGUUGUUAUCCUCGCAAGGGGAGGGUGCUGGAGUAUUGAAAACAGAGGUGGCAAUAAUUUCUUCCCCUUUUAUAUAUUUAUAUAUUUUUUUAAUACAAAAUCUUUCGGAGUAAUUGUGUUAGUAUAAAAUAAUAUAAUAUCCCCCUUUUUUGAGCGUACAAUUUAGCUCAGUAUUUGUAUUAUGUAGUCUUUUUGCACAUCCUUAUCAAGGGUGCCAAUAAUUCUGGACCAGACUAUAUGUCUGUAGUCCUCUAUCCAUCUAUUCAGUCAAAGAGUCUGUCAACCUAUGAUGACUGGCAGACUGAACAUCCAUACUGGGAACUUACUGCGAAAAAGUAUCUCACUGACUCCUUUCAUCUCUUCUAUGAAAAGGUCUGAGCCAGCGGAGAACGUGUCUAAGAUCCUGGAGAGGACCCGUACCCUACAGGAUGAGAACAACAAGCUGAGCCGUGCGUUGAGCGAGGCAGCAGGCCAGACUGCCCUGAUGCUUGAGAGGAUCAUCAUGGUGAGGAUGAGGACCUGCGCUAGUCUAGGACUGGCUCUGUCAUACUGCAGGCCAUGCCAACAUCACACAGCAACGCUGACUGACCGUUUCGAACCAUCCACAAACAUAUAUAAUUGUCCUUUUUAGAUAUUCAUCUUUGGAAAGAUAUUUGGAGAUAUUACCAUGAUCGUCACAUGUGCCAUACUUUUUUGUCACCCCGCCCACAGACGGAGCAAGCAAAUGAGAAGCUGCAAAGCAAACUGGAAGAGUUGAGGCAGCAUGCAGCGUAAGUCUGAACAUCCUUUAGUGAACUAACACUUGCACUUGACUUUUUUCUCCCCUUACGAGCUCUGACUUUGUUACUUUAUUGAGGAAAAGUUUACUUACUAUGACUGAGAUAUGUGGUUGUCUCACCUAGCUAUCUUAAGAUGAAUGCAUAAACUGUAAGUCGCUCUGGAUAAGAGCCUCUACUAAAUGAUUCAAAUGUAAACAUUUAAAUGUCCAUUUUUAAUUGAACCUUUUAUUUAACUAGGCAAGUCAGUUAAGAAAAAUCUUAUUUACAAUGACGGCCUACACCGGCCAAACCCGGACGACGCUGGGCCAAUUGUGCGCCGCCCUCCCAAUCACGGCCGGUUGUGAUACAGCCUGGAAUCGUACCGGGGUCGGUAGUGACGCCUCUAGCACUGAGAUGCAGUGCCUUAGACCGCUGCGCCACUCGGGAGCCCAUUGACUCCAUUGUCCGAAUAGGUAAUUGGCACCAGAAUAAUUUGUGUUAAAACACAAGGCUUAUCGUUUAGGUGUAAAGUGGACCUGCAGAGGGUGAUGGAGACUCUGGAGGACCAGGAGCUGAAGGAGAAUGUGGAAGUGAUCCAGAAUCUGCAGCAUGUCAUCCUGCAGCUCCAGGUACGGCCAGACGAGGGAGCUCUCACAAACCACAAGCCUGGAUCUACUGAUGCAUGACAGACUGCAUUCAGUCCUCUGUGUUUAGCAAGCAAAGCAUUUUUCCUCUGAAUUUCACAGUAGCUAAGCUAUUUCUGUGCAAUUUCAUGACCUUAUUGGUCAUGCUAGUCAUAAGGAUAAAGGACACUUGAUUUAUUCUGUAACAUUAUACACAUUGCACGUGUCAAUGUUUGAAUGGCUGGAUAUAUUAGUUCCCUUCCCCAUAUUCAGUCUAAUAAGAAGCUGCUCUGCAUCCUGUCUGGGUAAUAAUGUCUGUGCUCUUGUUCCUCCAGGAUGAGAGUGCUGGCCUUGCUGCCACUAUUGAGGCGUUGGCUGCAGACUGUGGGGCUGAAGGAGAGGACAGCCCUGAUGGGCCAGGGAGUGGCAGCGGCACCCCAACUGAUGGCUCUCCUUCAGUAAGUCUGGUCAUCUAGAACCACUCAUCUAAUGGAGAAGGCUGUCUGCUGCAGAUGUACUCUUCCUGACAUGUAUCUGAUUCUGUGCAAGUGUUUUGGGAUUAUUGCAUUUUCACUGAUCCUAUAGAAUUGUUGUGCAAGUUGUUUAGGUGUUGUACAACAGAUGUGUUGUACGAAACAAGUGUGUUUUGUUACCAUACAAACAAACAAACAAACAUACAUCCUCUUCCCCACCCUUCAGACUGCUGCUGGCAAGGACUCUCCAGAGGGCUUCACUACCCAGCAUGCCCUGCGUCAGGCCCAGAUGUCCAAGGAGCUGAUUGAGCUCAACAACGUUCUGGCUCUGAAGGAGGAGUUUGUCAGGAAGAUGUGCCAGAAUGACAGCCACCUGGAGCCUAUGCAGACUGAACACCAGGUAGGGCUGGAGAUGACCGUCCGGAGAGGGGAGAGAAAAUAUGGGUUGGUUGUAAUGGAGGUUUAGAGGGCUGAACCGGGGGAGGCAACACCAGCACAGCACUUUGAUUCUUAUCCACUGGGAAGGUUUCAAACUAAACUGGUGGAGCAGCUUUUUAAUCUUAACUCCUAAUUAACGGUUCCCCUCCAGAAUAACAUCAAGAGCCUGCAGACAUCAGUGGGCUCUCUGCAGAAGGAAAAGGAGGACCUCAUCCUGGCUCUCCACUCUGCCAAGAAGGAUGUCAAUCAGGCUAAGUAAGGCUAAGUAUUUUAAAAGGGUCUUUAUGUUCAGUCUGUAUAGUGAAUUGAUAUGAUAGUUAUCUGUCACAAGAGUUUCCUUUAUGAUAGCCACAAGCUUGGUGUGUAACACAACUUUACGUUUAGUAUAAGCAUUUCUCUGCAGUAGAAUGGAAUCAUCAGUCUCAUUUCCUUCUGUCUUUCUCCCUCUCUCUCCAUCUUUCCACCAGGCUGAGUGAGCAACGGAGGAAGCGUCUGCAGGAGCUGGAGGGUCAGAUCACAGACAUGAAGAAGAAGCUCCAGGAGCAGUCCAAACUCCUCAAAGUCAAAGAGUCCUCUGUCCGAAGCGUGGCCAAGCUCAACCAUGAGAUCCAGGUAUGACAAUGUGCUUGCAUCCGGUGUGUCACUGUCACAACACUGUGGGUAUACUGCUGAGCUGUGGAUAUACCAGUUACUCUGAACUAAUCGGCACUAUUUUUCAGGACAAUGAGAGGUUUUCAGUCUGGAUCUGAUCAGUCAAUGGGCUUCUGAAACUAAAUGGUUGAAUUCGACCUAAUUAUGGUUUUCUAAGACGUGGUUGUUGAUGGCUUCUCUGUUUGUCUGCUCUCUUUCCCUGUAGGCUAUGAAGAGUCAGCGUGUACAGCUGAUGAGGCAGAUGAAGGAGGACUCUGAGAAGUUCAGAGUGUGGAAGAACAAGAAGGACAAGGAGGUUCUUCAGCUCAAGGAGAAGGUGUGUGUGAUGUGCGGUAGCGACUCUGUGGCAGACUCACCAAUCCACGGAUAAGGCACACUGUUCACCACUUUUAUUUCCAUGUGGUAGAUUAUUGUUUUGUUUCAAUGACAAUACAUUUCUCACCUCUCUCUCAGGACCGUAAACGUCAGUUUCAGAUGGUGAAGCUUGAGAGUGACUUCCAGAAGCAGGCUAAUGUCCUGCGUCGUAAAACUGAGGAGGUGAGGCCUAGGUCUAUUACAUCUAAUCAGGAAAACGUGUUUUGUGUCAAUUCUUUAAUGGCUGUUCGCUGGAACUGUGGUGAGAGGUAGUUCUAACUGUGGGUGUUCUCCUUCAGGCCGCAGCAGCCAAUAAGCGUCUGAAGGAUGCCCUGCAGAAGAGGAGUGAGGUGGCAGAGAAACGAAAGGAUGUCCAAUACAGAGGGAUGGAGGGAGCAGCCGGGAGAGUGAAGGUCUGGUCAACUAUUUGUUUGAUUCUGUUUGUGUACUGUGAAUUAUUUGAUCAACGUUUUGUGAGGGGUCCUGGUUUGCAAGAAAGGAAAUUAUUGCCAUAAUGUAUUAUGCGAAUGUGCAUGCUGUGGUCUAAGUGAUUGUGUGUGGUUUGAAUGAGUGCUGUCUAGGGUUGCAAAAUUUUGGAACUUUCGGGAAAAAAAGUUCCUAUUUUUCCCGAAAUCCCGGUUGGAGGAUUUCCGGAAUAAGGAAGGAAAACCAGGGGAAUUUAUUGAAAGGUCCCAGAAUUUUGCAACCCUAGUACUGUCGCUGUGUAUGUAUGAAUUAAUUAAUUAAUGACUGAGUGAGUAAUGUAAGCUGUUACCUGAAUCUGUGUGUGUGUGGGCAGACCUGGCUCCUGAACGAGGUGGAGGUGCUGGUGAGCACAGGGGAGGCGCGGCGCCACCUGCAGGACCUGCUGGAGGACAGGAAGAUCCUGGCAGAGGAGAUCUCCCAACUCAAACAACAGAUGGAGGCAGGGGAGCGGCCUGCUGCCAAAGUCAGGGUAAGUGGAGUCCCUUUCUUAAAAAGAUCAAUGAGAAUCUGAGCUUUUACUAAAUGAAAUUUAGUAAAUUUCCACCGCUAGGCUACAUGAGGAAAUGAUGCUUCUAUAUGUUUCUCUAUAGGAGUUAGUUAAAGGGGAAUGGAAACACUAGGCUUUCGAACACCAACUAACUAAAUCGUCAGAUUGGUAUUGUUGCAUCACUGGCAGGAUUUCCCAAAAAAGGCUGAAUCCCAAAACUGUCUGAAAGACCAUGAACUCUGCGGGCAUUAAUGAGCUAAUUUAUCUAGUGUCAAACCAUAUAUGAAAACAUGAUACACAUUUUGAAAGCUGAGAAACAGCCAUUUCAAAUGAUAUGACAUACAAUAUCACCACAUCAAUCAAAUGGUAAUCAGUCAAGAAGAAAUACCUGUGAAAUGAGUAUCUUAUAUGAAAAUCUAUGCUUCCUAAUGACGAUGGAGAAAAAAAUGAGUGUAUUAAGUCUUAUUUUGUAAGGAUUGAAAAUCUAAAAUCAGAAUAGUAAUACCUUUUAUUGUGAAUGAGUUACAGCUGUUUUAGGGAACGGUGGUAUUUUUCUAGGAUUCUAUGUAAUGCUCGUUAUCAGACACUUAUCUGGAUUGUAAAUUAACUACAAAUCUGCACCAAAACAUUACAAAUUGCAUUUAAUUUGACAUAUGAUGAGGAAAGACAUACACAAGUAAUAUAAUAUUAAUAAAUCAAGAACUUUAUUUAAAUAACUUUAUUAAGGGAAAUACAUCGUCUCAUUCAAACCUGAAAACAAAGUGCAAUUUACAUCGAAAAUUGGAACAAUGUAAUUUCCUCCUAUCUUUCCUCUGACAAAGCCAACACUUUCUAGUGUAGUCCUCCAGUACAUUGAAGUUCAUCUAGGCUCAACUAGGAUGUGAGGGUGGGAUUGUCCCUCAGCCAUGUCUGCAGCCUCCACAGCAUGUUAUCAGCCUAGCUAUCAUAAGCUUUAGGCUUAGUCUGUCCUGGCUCAGAGUGGAAGAGAGAUUGACUUCAUCACUGCUUGUUUUUGUAAGAGGGGUUGACAAGCUGAAUGUACCGAGCUGUCUGUUUAAACUACUAUCACACAGCUCGGAAACCCAUGCAUACCCCACAAGACAUGCCACUGGAGGUCUCUUCACAGUCCCCAAGUCCAGAACAGACUAUGGGAUGCGCGCAGUACUACAUAGAGCCAUGACUACAUGGAACUCUAUUCCACAUCAGGUAACUGAUGCAAGCAGUAGAGUCAGAUUUUUUUAAACAGUUAAAAAUACACCUUAUGGAACAACAGGGACUGUGAAGAGACACACACACAAGGGUAUAGACACAUGCAUACGCACACAUUGUGAUAUUGUUGUAUGGUGGUAUUAAACAUUUUGUAUUGUAGAUAGGUAGUGGUGUAAUAAUGUCAUGAUGUACUGUUUUUUAUAUUUUGUUUUAAAUGUAAUGUAAGUGCUUUAAUAUGUUUGGACCCCAGGAAGAGUAGCUGCUGCCAAGGCAGCUAAUGAGGAUUCCUAAUAAAUACAAAUACAAAUCUUGCAAUCAACAGCCAGCAGGCUUACUAUUUUUAGGAAUAAUAGAUAAACAAAUACCUAAUGAGAUAUGUAGAUAGUUAUCUAGCUAACUAAUAAUUAUAUGGGUAUCAUACCUUUUACUGGUAAAAUGGCAAUCCUGCUGCAGCCCUCUCUUGUGGGUGGCUGGCUAGCUAGCUACUGUAGAAUCAGGCUCUAGCCAGUUCAUUUUAGCUCUUAGCUAUACCAAUGACAAAUGCUCUUCAAAUUGAUAAUAUGAGAAUUGUAUUUUGUACAGUUAUCAAAGACAGUAUUAACAUAAAGACAAGAUAAGUGCUAAAUCAAGUAGAUGGCUAGCUAGCUACCUUGCCUCAUUUUGGCGGACUGUCUCGGCUUAUCAGAAGUUAAUUUCAGACUCAUCUUAUCAAUCUGAAAAAAUACUAUAAUUACCAACAUAAAAACAAAUUGUAUGCAGUUUCUUACCUUUUUAAUAUUUGUUGUCCUGAUCUCAAUGACAAAGCUAUCAAAGUUGAGAACCCUUUAAAAGUUGUUCAAUAUAAAAAUCAUAAAAAUAGAGAUGUUAAAUGCAUAUUGUUUAGUAUUAGUGGAUGGAAUACAUCACUUUGCUUCGCUUUGCUUCCUAAACUGUUUUUACUGUGUUUUCUCUCUCUCUGUACUCCCACAGCGUCGGACCCUCAUUAUCUCAGAGCUGGAGAGUCAGGGAGAGCUGGAGGCGUCUCUCAGCAAACAGGUAGACAACCUGGGGACAGAGAUAAACCUCAGGUGAGUCUGACUAGUACUGACCUUACUUAUUACCUCCCGCAGCUGAGGGAUUCCUUCUAACCAAAACCUAAACAUGGACCUAUAUUACCUCCCGCUGCUGAGGGAUUCCUUCUAACCAAAACCUAAACAUGGACCUAUAUUACCUCCCGCUGCUGAGGGAUUCCUUCUAACCAAAACCUAAACAUUGACCUAUAUUACCUCCCGCAGCUGAGGGAUUCCUUCUAACCAAAACCUAAACAUGGACCUAUAUUACCUCCCGCAGCUGAGGGAUUCCUUCUAACCAAAACCUAAACAUUGACCUAUAUUACCUCCCGCAGCUGAGGGAUUCCUUCUAACCAAAACCUAAACAUGGACCUAUAUUACCUCCCGCAGCUGAGGGAUUCCUUCUAACCAAAACCUAAACAUUGACCUAUAUUACCUCCCGCAGCUGAGGGAUUCCUUCUAACCAAAACCUAAACAUGGACCUAUAUUACCUCCUGCUGCUGAGGGAUUCCUUCUAACCAAAACCUAAACAUGGACCUAUAUUACCUCCCGCAGCUGAGGGAUUCCUUCUAACCAAAACCUAAACAUGGACCUAUAUUACCUCCCGCAGCUGAGGGAUUCCUUCUAACCAAAACCUAAACAUGGACCUAUAUUACCUCCCGCUGCUGAGGGAUUCCUUCUAACCAAAACCUAAACAUGGACCUAUAUUACCUCCCGCAGCUGAGGGAUUCCUUCUAACCAAAACCUAAACAUGGACCUAUAUUACCUCCCGCUGCUGAGGGAUUCCUUCUAACCAAAACCUAAACAUGGACCUAUAUUACCUCCCGCUGCUGAGGGAUUCCUUCUAACCAAAACCUAAACAUGGACCUAUAUUACCUCCCGCAGCUGAGGGAUUCCUUCUAACCAAAACCUAAACAUGGACCUAUAUUACCUCCCGCUGCUGAGGGAUUCCUUCUAACCAAAACCUAAACAUUGACCUAUAUUACCUCCCGCUGCUGAGGGAUUCCUUCUAACCAAAACCUAAACAUUGACCUAUAUUACCUCCCGCUGCUGAGGGAUUCCUUCUAACCAAAACCUAAACAUUGACCUAUAUUACCUCCCGCUGCUGAGGGAUUCCUUCUAACCAAAACCUAAACAUGGACCUAUAUUACCUCCCGCUGCUGAGGGAUUCCUUCUAACCAAAACCUAAACAUGGACCUAUAUUACCUCCCGCUGCUGAGGGAUUCCUUCUAACCAAAACCUAAACAUUGACCUAUAUUACCUCCCGCUGCUGAGGGAUUCCUUCUAACCAAAACCUAAACAUGGACCUAUAUUACCUCCUGCUGCUGAGGGAUUCCUUCUAACCAAAACCUAAACAUGGACCUCACCUUACUGCUAAUGCAUUUGAGUUUUUUUCAUGACUCCACUGCUGAGAAAGUCAUCCAUAUAAUUUAUUUCAGUUGCAUUGCUAUGUAUUUUUGCACUGUCAUUGUAAAUUCCUGGCCUACCUCCCCUUGGCUUUCCUGGAGAAAUGUUGAUGUCAUAGUGAGGCGUUGCUCCAAAGCUUUUCACACCUUCCAAAGCAUACGCCUUCCCCAUCUGUUCUUUGUUAAUUCCUGUUGAUAGGAUAUUGUGACGGCUGCCAGAUGCAAGUCCUUAGAACAGAGUAAUGAUAUGUGAUAAAGUAUUUACAUUUGGGCAGUUGAAUCACAUUCAUGUGCAUUUAUAGACUAACAUUCACAUGUAAUGUUCCAUGGUUUUCCUCCUAGGAGUGCCCAGAUAGCUGACCUACAGCAGAAGGUUCUGGAUGCAGACAAUGAGGGGCGGUUGAAACAGCGCUGGGACAACAUCACUACUAUGGUGGAGGCCAAGUGUGCCCUCAAGGUCCUCAUGUCAGAGGCAAGACAUGAGUUUAUUCGCAUAUCGUUGAAGCUUAUUAGUGUCACAAGUUCUCAAUGUCUUGAAAAGCAUGUCAUUCUCUGCCUAUUAGCCUACCUUGUAAGCUAAUGUUUAUUGACAAAAUACAUGACAACUAAAAAUUAAGUUUGACAUUUUAGUCUUUUAGCAGACGCUCUUAUUCAGAGCGGCUUACAAUUAAUGUCACCGCCUCCACAGUUGGUGUCUGCCAAAACGACCAGUUCUAAGCUGGAGAGCGAGCUCAAGCAGGAAAAGGGCAACGUGCUGGACCUGCAGAAGACGCUGUGUGACGAGAGGAAGCUGAUGUCCACCAUGGACAUGGAGCACCAGCACCACCUGGUGGAGUUGGAGCAGAUGCACCAGGAGAAGGUCCUCUACCUCCUGGGCCAGCUGCAGAGCAAGGAGAGUAAGUCAGUGGAGAAAAAGCAGGAGGAGACUUCAAAAAGGGAGAGGGAGCUUCUGCAGCGCCUCAAGUUCCAGGUCUGUCACACUGUCCUCUCAGCUACUGUGCACACUGACAUGUUGGAGGAAUGUUCAUCAUGAUCAAAGUCAGGUCUAUUUAUCAAAUGUUAUUGGUCACAUACACAUAUUUAGCAGAUGUUAUUGCGGGUGUAGCGAAAUGCUUGUGUUCCUAGCUCCAACAGUGCAGUAGUAUCUAACAAUUCACAACAAUACACACACAUCUAAAAGGAAAAGAAUGGAAUCAAGAAAUAUAUAUAAAUAUUAAGCAAUGUACUUGUUUCUGCUAUUAAUCCUCAUUGUCCAAGCAGGUUGAUUUGACUUCAAGUUCAGCUCAAAGUGUUGAGUCUUUAAGAAAAUACUCUGUCAAAGACUGAUCAGGGUGAAUAUAGGUAUUCUAACCCCCCUCCAAAUUCAAUGCCUGUCUCUACAGGAGGAUGAGAUUGAAAAGAUGCGGGAAUUGAAUGAGCAAAACCAGAGGCUGAUGGACGAAAAUGAACAAUACAAACAGGUAAAUGCCCGGAUGAGCAUGUACAAGGACAAUAGAACACUCCAAAGUAUGUACAAUAACAAAGGUCUACAGUAGGGUUGGGCGGUAUCCAGAUUUUCAUACAGUCAUACUGUUUCUGUACCAUACCGAGGUAUACGAUAUUACCGGAAGUGCACACAAGGGUCACAAUUUUUUUGAAAUAGAAAACAAUUUAGGCAACAGCGAUCUUGAUCCAGGACUGGAUUGAAUAUCUUUGCUGUAACCAAGAAGCUUGCUCUUGACAUCUAGACACUUAGCUAGCAAGUUAGCAAACCAAAUGCAUUGCUGGAGCCCUGAGCUGUAUAUAAUUUAUUUGACACAUCUUAGAUAUAUUGUAGUUAUACUUAACUUAUACACUCACAGGCCAGUUUAUUAGGUACUUGUAUUUGUAUUGUGUGUCUAUCUUUAUUUGAUUUUCAUGUUUCCCCCAAAGCUCCCUCUGCUGGGAUCUCUUGAUUGGGCCAAUACUGGCUGUGAAUGUAUAAUUAUGCCCACCUAUGAGGUCUUGUUGUUGUGACAUUGAUUGCCAUUGCCUUGCACGCUGAAGAAAACGUUCGUGCGGCAAUAAAAAUGUAAAUUUACAUUUGUUUACCGGAGUGCUGUCAUAUUUCUGUUCUUUUCAUUAUAUACGAGGAUCCAGCACCUGAUUUUUAAGUCAAGCACAUUGUUGGUCUUUUCAGUUUAUUAGGUACCCCACCCCGUUCAUGAAAAUGGAUGUGGCCGUGGCUUGCUAUAUAAAGCAGGCAUCGAGGCAUUCAGUUACUGUUCGAUUGAAUGUUAGAAUGGGCAAAACGAGUGACCUAAGCAACUUUGAGCGUGGUAUGAUAGUCUGUGCCAGGCACGCAGUAUUCAGUAUCUCAGAAACGACUGCCCUCCUGGGCUUUUCAAGCACGACAGUGUAUGUUUUCCCGAGAAUGGUGCGACAAACAAAAAACAUCCAGUCAACAGCUCAUUGAUGAGAGAGGUCGAAGGAGAAUAGCAAGAAUUGUGCAAGUUAACAGGCAGGCUAAAAACAGACAAAUAACGCAGCAGUACAACAGGGGUUUGCAGAACGGCAUCUCGGAACGCACAACUCGUCGAUCCUUGUCACAGAUGGGCUAUUGCAGCAGACGACCACAACGGGUUCCACUCCUAUCAGCUAAAAACAAGUAGAAGCGGCUCCAGUGGGCACGCCAUCACCAACACUGGACAAUUUAGGAGUGGAAAAAUGCAAGUAGUUCUGGAGGCAAAGGGGGGUGUUGAACCCGGUACUAGGGGGGUGUUGAACCCGGUACUAGAUGGGUGUACCUAAUGAACUGGCCGGUGAGUGUAGUUAUAAGCAUUGGCGUAGCAAGCAGCAUCUGCAAGGCGUGGGUGACCCAACUCCCCAAAAAGAAAAUGGGGUAUUGAAAAUCAUACAUUCAGUAUUUCUAAAUACCCCAGUAUACGGUAUAUCGCCCAAGCCUAAUCUACAGGUAACAUAAUAAUAAUAAUAAUAAUACAUUUGUAAAGCACUUUUCUCACCCUAGGUGCUAAAAGUACAGGUUAUUACAUUUCUAAACAUUUAGGUCAACUAUUUGUUGAAACUGUCCAUAUCAAGCAACUUUUGAUCUGUGUCCUCAGAAACUAACACUGCUCCAGUUGGCCAGUGGGAAAAAGAUCAACAACCUCCUUCCAACAUCCAUUCAGUCCCCAGAUGACUCCUUUGAGUACAUCCCACCUAAGGUAAGCCACUGGUACGCUUCCUCACCAGUCUGUUUGAUAUCCAACUGUUAGUGUGAACAUUUCCCCCAUUCGAGUCUAGGGGAAGGUGACCCUGACCUAGACCAGUGCUGAGAGGCUGGUGUUCUUUACCUCUUGCAGCCUAAAGGCCGGCGUUUCACUACAGCCAGGGCUCCCCUGAAGAUGGCCAUCGACAUGGAGGAGCUGGAGUCUACCUCCGAGUCAGAGGAGGAUGAGUGGUGCCCUGAGAAGAAUGAGAGCGGCCGUAACAGAAAGAGCUCCAAUGUAAAAAAAAACAAGGCUACAGGGGUGAGAACAUAGACAUGAUGUAUAGGAAAUCAUUUAGUGAGACCGGGGCAGCACUGUCAGUAGUUUUAGAGAUGAUCAGAUCUCUAUUCUCAUGUAUUUGUAGUGUUAAAUGAAUUUGCACAUCUGUAUUCCUCUUCCUUCAGUGUGCCUGUAAGGGUCGCUGUGGCAACAAGCUGUGCCGGUGCCGUAAGGGAAAGAUGAGCUGUGGGGAGAACUGCCAGUGUGACCAUGAGAAGUGCCGCAACAUGGACAACCAGACGUCCAGUAUAGUAAGUUAAAAUUGUCCCUCUGUCAGAUAUAAAUGUAUGUAUACCAUAGGCUCCCUACAUUCAAUAAUAAUAAUAAUAAUAAUAAUAAUAAUAAUUGGUCAUUUAGCAGACGCUCUUAUCCAGAGCGACUUACAGGAGUAAUUAGGGUUAAGUGCCUUGCUCAAGGGCACAUCGACAGAUUUUUCACCUAGUGGGCUCGGGGAUUAGAACCAGCGACCUUUCGGUUACUGGCACAACGCUCUUAACCACUAAGCUACCUGCCUCCCUGUGUGGGAGACUAUUUCAUUGUUUGUGCAUUUUAUUUUUCAUAAUCAUUUUCCUCUCUUCCUAAAAUCAGGACUCCAGCGAGGUCACCGACGAUGGGUCCAAAGAUUUAGUUUCUAUUCCCCAAGACCCCAUGGCCAUUAGCUCUGGGGACGCCACCUUCUUUAAACCACCCUGUGUCACUCCCACCAAGGUAGGCACAUCAGGGCGGUGACAUCAUACCAGUAACAGACUCAUCACACUCUCUUAAACAACAUCACUGUUUUAAGCCUAAUGAUGCCUUGGGUAGUGUUAUGGUUGAAUCUGGUGUGGUGGUAUUAUUUUGCACAAAGCGGCGUCUUAGGUGGGUAUUGGGUUUUUCAGAUCAUGUCCUUAUUUAUUGUGCUGAAAAUACUAUCUUUCUUGCUGUGUUCUUAUAGCUUGUGAGGAAGACUAUCUCAGUCGAGGAGGAGGAGGAGGAGGAAGAGGAGGAGGAUGAAGAGAGGAACACGGCCAGCUUCUUGAAGAAGAAGAAGCGGGUCCUUACUAGCUUCCAGAACAGCUUUUUCUCUGGAUGUACGCCCAUCAGGGAAGAGUCUUAA